AUGGGACAUCAGAGGUACCAUGAUAGAUAUGGUAUACCAGAGCAACGCUCAAGGUCCAUUGGUGUUAACAACGCAUGGUACGAUUGUCGUGGAGAUGCACUUCUACAUGAAGAAGCUGAGCUUGUGGCCCUUGUCUCCCCAAGAGUCCUGUACCUUGUUUUGCAAAAAGACGUUUCACGUUUGGAAGGACUUUUGACAAGCGUCUUGAGAAGAUACGAGGGAUUGUUGCUUGCAAUUGUGGCUAUCAGUGGUCUUUUAUCGGUGAAGGACCAGAGCAGCGUAGUAGAGUGGGAGAAGACCUAUCGAAGCCCUGGUGCUGAAUUAGAAGGAAAUAACCGACUCUUGGGCAUGAAGAAAAUAUUGUCACUCAGUUACAUUGAUUUGCCUCACUAUCUAAAGCUUUGUUUUUUGUAUGUGAGUGUUUUUCCAGAGGACCAUCUAAUUGAACAUUAG